AUGAAGAUCCUCAUCGUUUUCGUACUAGCUUUGGCUAGCGCCUUAGCUUACAGCGUUCCCGACCAACCUGGUUUCAUUGAGGACUUACCAUCAUCCCCAGUGUUAUCCGGACGCAUAACUAAUGGUAUCCAAGCAUCGUCUGGUCAAUUCCCUUACCAGGCUGGUUUGUCUCUGACUAGAAGCAAUGGUAACUUUUGGUGCGGCGGUUCGCUGAUUGGUUCCACGUGGAUUUUAACUGCAGCUCACUGUACUAACAAAGUUACCAAGGUGACUGUAUACUUGGGCAGCACUAGACGCACAUCUUCUAAGGCCUCAUAUACCGUAACCUCAAGCUCUAUUUAUCAGCACACUGGCUAUGUUGAAAGAACUCUCGCCAAUGACAUAUCAUUAAUUAAGAUUCCAGCCGUGUCUUAUAGCAGCGAAAUUUCAGCCAUUAAGUUGCCUUCCAUUUCUUCUUCGUACUCCAGUUAUGCUGGCAGUUAUGGUAUUAUAUCUGGUUGGGGACGCAUUAGUGACACAUCGUCAGUUGCAUCAAAUUUGAAUUAUGCGCGUCUCCCCAUCAUUACUAACUCGGUUUGCGCUUCCACCUACGGCACCAGCACUGUGACCAGUAAUACCAUUUGUGUAGCUACCCCUAAUGGUGUUUCCACCUGUCAAGGUGACUCUGGCGGUCCAUUGGCUCUGGAAUCGAAUGGUGUGCUUGUAGGUGUUACUUCAUUCGUAUCGAAGAACGGCUGUGCCUCCGGUGCUCCAGCUGGAUUCGUGCGCGUCACCAGCUACUUGAACUGGAUUAAAGAGAAAACUGGCAUUUACUAUUGAUGUGUAAAGUACUUUGUUGAAAAUCUGGAAUUUUUGAAAAUAUGACAGUUGUCUUAUCAAAAAAUUUGACGAUAAUCCAACAAGAUGGCCUAACA